AUGUCCACCUCGGUGAUCGCAAGAAUGAAGCGUAAAGACGGUUCGGUUGGUUCGCCGGCACCAGACGAUGAGAUGUCGGGCGGUCGGCAGGUGUGUGGCAGCUCGGCUCAGCAGAUCGAUGACCUCCCACCCUCGGACUUGGAUGAUAUGCCGUAUGUCAUACCUGCUAGGGCGAAAACGAUUGAGCGUGGGCCCAAUGUGGAUACAAUGGACACCACGCCGGAUGGUGGGCCAGGAAUACCGGGGGCCGAUACCGGUACCGGGCCACAGGCCAUGGUCAUUUCGGAGGAGGACAGCGGUCCGCCGGUGACACCCCCUCGCCAGUUUGUGAUGCCCCAGCCGCCCGCGAAUCGCCGGGCUCAGAAAAUUCGAAGCCAGGGCCGGGAGGCCUCGCCCAUCCCCGUUUCGAGUGACCUCGAACCGGAUGGCCGGGACGACACACCCGCAAGGCAUGCAGUGAGUACCUCGUCUGUCGGUGCCACCGGCCUCGGCGCGCUGGAGAUGUCGGAUGCGGACUCCGAUGAAGACGGCUUGGAGACUGCCGUCUUUAUCAUGCCGAGACGAUCACGAAGCACUCCCACAUCGGCACCCGUACGCAUGGCGGAACAUGGGAUGGUAUUGGUUGGUGAGUCAAAUGUCGGUGGUGUGGAGGGAAAUCCGCCCGGCGCCAAACCUCCUGUCCCGAUCGAGAUUUCAAGCGGUGACGACACUGAAUCUGAGGCGGGAGACGGUGCGGUCUUUGUCCCGGCUCGACGGGCGUCGCUGGGGACAUCCAUGCGGGGUUCAACCUCAAAUAGGCAGCGCCCCAAUCUCCCUAUCCCGAUCGAGAUUUCAAGUGACGACGAUACUGGUUCCGAGCCGGACGACGGUCCUCUCAAUGCCCCGGCUAGGCAGGCAGUGAUGGCUCUGUCCGCCCUCCGUUCGUUGGAGGUUACAGAGUCCCCUCCUUACCGGGGUGCAACACCGAUUGACGUUUCAAGCACGGAGGACACUGAUUCCGACAUGGAACCGCGGAUGCGUCUCACGUCGCCUUCAGCGGUUCCCAGAACAUCGCCGCGCUCAACAAAGGCCGAUGGUAUGGAGAAGAAGACGCGUUCUCCAUCCGCACUCGGGAGUCCCAUAAGCCUGGAAAGGUCUCUGGUUGAAGAGCGACGUGGUCUACCGGCAACCGCACAUCCGCAGAAUUGGCGCGGACUGCCCGACAUCGCGAAGACAUGGCAAAGACUGCCUGACAUUGCAAAGCCGUUCGACGAGAAGAAAUCCGAGGUCAGCCGUCCGAUGUCGGACGCCCGCGUCGGACGCCCGCUGUCGGACGCCCGCUGUCGGACGCCCGAUGUCGGACGCCCGCUGUCGGACGCCCGCUGUCGGACGCCCGCUGUCGGACGCCCGCUGUCGGACGCCCGAUGUCGGACGCCCGCUGUCGACGGCCAGCUGAGGGCACCCCCCUCGCUUGCUGAAGGCUUUCUCGUCGGGUUUAACAGGAAAAAGCGAAUUCCUGUCUUGGGAGGGGAUCAUGGACCGUCGCGGCCGAAGUCGGACGACCAGCCGGAUGGAAAAGGUGUUGUUUUCCCCUUCGGGAAAGACCUUAAAGGCCGAACGCCGUAUGCGCAAGGGGUUCCUGGGCCGUCGGGCUCUGUUGGGCCUCUGGUGGAAAGUCAAUUUGAUGCUGACUCGGAAAUGGGGGCAUCUACUGGGCCAUCUGCGGCCUUGCAAAUGACCCCGUCUGCUGCAACCAAUGACGAUGGCCCGGCGCUGACAACAACCCCUCCUCGGUCAGUCCCCGGGAGUGCAGUCAACAUGCCAGAGGCCGUGGUUGACGAGCCGAUGGGUUCACCGGCACAAAUUGAAGGGCAGGACUGGAGGCCCAUUCCACAGACGAAAGGAAAAGGGCUGCUUUUCCGCUUGAACGACGAAUCUAACGGCCGAAAGCUGUUCACACCAGGGGUUCCUGGACCGUGGCGCUCCGUCGUGGGGCCCCGAGAGGAAGGUCAAUUUGAGGGCAACCACACGCAGGGCCCCCACUACGACGGGCCGGCGCCCCGAAUGCUGCAACACGACAUUCAGCAAGGCACUGUCCUCCGUGCGCGAUUGGAGGCUUUACGUGAGCUGCAGCGGGCAAACAGGCGGAGUGGCGCGAUUCUCGCCAAAAUGGCGAAGUACUAUGGGCCCGCGGACGAGCAGGCGUUAGAGAUUCCUGGGUUCCAGGAGAGACUCGGCCUCUCGUAUCACAACAGUCGCUCUCUCCUGCAACGCGUGGACUCUCUUCCUGACAGGGCUGAGUGGAUGGAACGAUGCCUCUCGUUCAAGGACCGUCCGAACGAGAAGCAUCUUCUCCAGUUCCGCGAUAUUAUUCAAGCAAUCAGGACUUUGCUAGGAAACCCGGAGCAUGCCGAUCACAUCGUCUAUCGACCUAGGCGGAUUUUCUCUGAUGCGUCGAGGACACAUCGCCUGUACAAUGAAAUGUGGACGGGGCGUUGGUGGCACGCUGUCCAGAGUCUACUACCUGAAGGAGCUGCAGUUGCGCCGGUCAUUAUAGCGACCGACAAAACGCAGCUCACCCAAUUCUCAGGAAACAAGGCGGCUUACCCAGUCUACAUGACGCUGGGCAAUAUACCGCGUGCUCUGAGGCGCAAGCCAUCUGAGCAUGCAUGUAUUCUCAUUGGUUAUCUUUCCGUCGACAAGGUCAGCUCUGACGGUAUCACUCAGCGCAAGCAACGCGCUCUAGUUCAGCAACUAUUCCAUGCGUCAGUACGAGCAAUCCUGGAACCACUGGUCAAGGCAGGAAAAGAAGGCAUCGACGUUACCUCUGGCAAUGGAGAGGUCCGUCGAGUUCACCCCAUUCUUGCAGCCUACGUUGCAGAUUACCCAGAACAAUGUCUGGUCACCUGCGCUAAGUCCGGAACUUGCCCCAAAUGCCAAGUUCCAGAGGACCUUCUAGGAUCCGCCCAACCUGGCACGCCCAGAACGUCCCUCUGGACUCUAGACGUCCUACGAAAAGCCGAGGAGAAAACCCAAGGGAACACAAGCUCUAAUGCGUACACACGAGUGUGCCAAGACCUCAACGUAUCGGGCUAUGUCGUGCGUCCGUUUUGGCGCGAUCUACCCUACACAGACAUCCACUCUUGUAUUACCCCUGACGUCCUCCAUCAACUCUACCAGGGAGUUUUCAAACACAUAGUUGAAUGGUGUACUGAACUCGUCGACGAGCUCGAGCUUGACAGGCGCAUUCGUUGCCUUCCGCCAGCAUUCGGUACUCGCCACUUCAAAAACGGAUUUUCAAGCCUCUCUCAAGUUUCCGGUACCGAGCGCAAGCACAUGGCGAGGAUACUCCUCGCUUGUCUUGUAGGCAAGGUACCUCAGCAGGUCAUCCUGGCGUUUAGGUCCAUCUUGGACUUCAUCUAUCUCGCCCAAUACACUACCCACGAUGAUACGACGCUCCAGUACAUGGAGGAUGCCCUCAAGACAUUCCACCGUAACAAGCACGUCCUUGUCGACCUGGGAGUGCGCGAGCACCUUAACAUCCCCAAAUUUCAUUCUUUACUCCACUAUGUUGACGCCAUUCGACUGUUAGGCACUACAGACAACUACAACACGGAGGCGUUUGAACGCCUCCACAUAGACUACGCAAAAAAUGGAUGGAGGGCAUCGAACCAUCGCGACGCGCGCCCGCAGAUGGUGCGUUGGCUGGUGCGACAGGAGAAAAUGGUGGUUCUUCGAUCAUCCAUCCAUCGCUGGCUCAGAAGCACAGGUCGCGAGCAAGACAAGGAUGUCGACGAGCGUGUCGCGGGCGAAGUCGACGAGCAUGUCGCAGGCGAAGUCGACCAGCCUUCGUGUCGCAACGGUCGAAUCAAGCUCCCCAAACACCCAACAGCACCCCUCCAGGCCCUCCCAACCAUCGUCGACAAACACUGCGCUCCCGGUUUCAUUGACGCACUCGCACAACAUAUAUACAAGCUUAAGAACAACGGUCGCGCCCUCACCUCCUCCCAGCUUCAGAAUGCCGUCGAUCGCAUGCCGUUCAACCGUGUCGACGUGUUCCACGGCUUCAAGUUUGCUCCAGAACCUUUGACCGACGACACCCAGGAGACGGAUGCUGUGAAAGCUAAGCCUGCCACAGCUCGACAAGCCGCGCGUUUCGAUACGGUGGUUGUGCUGCAAGGAGAGGACGCAGAAGCUACCGGUUUGCAAGGUCUGCAGUCUCACCUACUAACGUCUUAG